GUACAACUCCCUACCCUGUGACCGCUUACACACUCCACUCUCUUCCCUUCGCUGGAUUGCUCACAUCUUGUCUUCCAAGAUGGCAAGUAGUGCAAAGCUGGAGGUGUCGCAGCGCCCUCGGGCUGCUAUUCCCGUCAAAAAAGUGCAUUAUCCGUUCUGGUUUGGUGGCUCUGCAUCAUGCUUUGCGGCCGCCGUGACACACCCUUUGGAUCUUGUGAAGGUUCGCUUGCAAACACGUGGGCCUGGUGCGCCCCCAACGAUGUUAGGCACUUUUGGUCAUGUAAUUAAGUCUGAUGGGAUUUUGGGUUUAUAUAGCGGGCUAUCGGCCGCGAUCUUGCGACAGAUGACGUAUUCUACCACACGAUUCGGCAUAUAUGAAGAGCUGAAAUCGCGCUUCUCAACGCCUGAAUCACCUGCCAGUACCCUCGCGCUGGUCGGAAUGGCCUGUACAUCCGGUUUCCUUGGCGGCAUCGCAGGAAACCCAGCUGAUGUUCUCAACGUGCGCAUGCAGUCUGACGCAGCUCUCCCCGUGGAGCAGCGCCGUAACUAUAGACAUGCCUUCCACGGCUUGGUCCAGAUGACCCGCCAUGAAGGACCUGCGAGUUUGUUCCGUGGUGUUUGGCCUAAUUCAACCCGUGCCGUAUUGAUGACGGCUUCGCAGUUGGCUUCGUACGACACCUUCAAGCGUCUCUGCAUCAACCGUUUCGGCAUGUCUGAUAACCUCGGCACACAUUUCACCGCGUCCUUCUUGGCUGGUUUCGUUGCGACAACGGUCUGCAGUCCGGUGGACGUAAUCAAGACUCGCGUGAUGAGCGCAUCCCCGGCCGAGAGCCGUGGUCACAACAUCGUGGGUCUCCUACGAGACAUCACCCGCAAGGAAGGUUUCGCCUGGGCCUUCCGCGGCUGGGUCCCCAGCUUCAUCCGCUUGGGUCCCCAUACGAUCGCUACAUUCAUUUUCUUGGAAGAGCACAAGAAGCUCUAUCGCCUGUUGAAGGGCGUUUCCGAAGAGAAACCUAAAGCAUAGAUCUUUCGCUCUCUUCGUAUCCCAUUUUUCAUUUUUGUUUUAUUUUAUUUUAUAUUUUGCGCUAUCUUUGUAUAUGUUUCUUUGGCGAACGCAUUGGGAGGACAAAAAGUUUGUUAUAUUUGCUGUACAUACCUUUCGCUUGGGUGUGCUUCUUUCCGUUUCACAGCCUUUUUUGGUGAUUUUAGUUGGCUUUUGCCCGCAAUUUCUGCGAGUGCUGUCCCUUGACCGCACCGAGAUACCCUUGCAGUGGCAGAUCCUGGUUCAAAUUACCGGGUAUCCGUCCUUUGCUUCAGCAAUUGUUUAUCAAUCAUAGACUGUCUCAGUGCGGGAAGUAACUUCAUGGUUGCGGCACUGGUUUUUGUUGGCUAUAUCUGAGUUAGAAUAGAUAGAAAGGGUUGUUAGUUUGGAUAUAGGAUAAAAG